AUGGGCUCUGGAAGAAGCAUGUCUGGCCACCUCCGAGCUCCUCCUCCCCCGCCCGCCACCUCCUGGAACCAGCGCAUCUCUGAAAAUCUCCUUCUCGACUCAGUGCCGCCUCGGCCUCCUCAGGGGCCCGGAGUGACUACUACCCCACGGCGUCCAAGUGUUGUUUUGUGCAAUAUCCAGCCCCAGGUAGGAACAGGAAAGCGGAGGAGGACGAAUGGCUGCGUCGCCCCCAUCCACCCUCCAGCUGGGCCGUCCCCCCCAGGGGUGCCAGUCCAGCUGGUGCCGGUGGUCCGAGCUGGAGCCCAGCUGGGAAGCUGGUUUAGACCUUUAGGCCAGGACUCAGCUUGGAGAAGCCAUCCAUCCACGUCUGUGGCGGAGGGUACACGUGAGAGCUUUCUAUUUCUUCUGUCUUCCUCCAUGGUCCCAGGUUGGCUGGAGGCGGGCACUUAG